CGUGUCCGACCAGGCAGCGCUGUUUCUAUUUUGUUUUUUAUCAGGCCUUGACGAGAGCGACCGUCAAUUAUUAUUAUGUUUGUUGUGAAAUGAGCUGCAGGUUCACGAUGUCGAGAAAUAAGUUGCUGGCGAAAAGAUUUCUGCACCUCGGCAGAAGACGAUUUUCGGUCGUAGUAACCCACGAAGAUUUAAAGCAGGAAGUGAGGCCAUACGAGGAUAUUCCAGGCCCCAGACCUAUUCCCAUUCUGGGAAAUAAGUUCCGUUUCAUACCUGGAUUCCAAACGUACGACUUCAGCGAUUUGCUGAAAUUUAACAAGAAGUUGUACGACGAAUACGGCCCCAUAGUAAAAUUCAGCGGUCUGGAGCCCAACAACGACCUAGUGUUUGUCUUCAACCCUCAAGACAUUGAGACGGUGUUCAGGAGCGACUCACAGUGGCCCUUCAGACCGCCCCUCAAAAGCCUCGCAUACUACCGUAAGCACACGCGCAAGGACUUCUUCAAAGGCGUCGGCGGAGUUCUCAUAGAUCAGGGAAAAGAGUGGCAGGAGGCGCGACACCACGUCAACCCCAUAUUGAUGCAGACCAAGGUGGUGCAGAUGUAUGCGCCAAAAAUCGACCAAGUCGCCGAGGAAUUUGUGGCAAAGAUUCCUGGAUGGAUUGAUUCCAAAGACGAAAUUCUUGAUGACUUCAAAAAUGAAAUGCACAAAUGGGCAUUGGAGUCUAUCGCCGUUGUGGCGUUGGAUACGCGCCUGGGCUGCCUGGCCGACAAACUGGACCCUAACUCUGAACCGCAAAGGAUGAUCGAUUCGGUGCACACCCUUUUAGAAGUUCUGCACAACCUGGAGUUCGGCGGCGAAGCUUUUCUCUGGCGUAUCUACCCCUCGCCCUCCUGGCGAAAGUUUGUCAAAGUCAUGGACUUUUUCACCGACGUGAGUUACAAGUACGUGCAACAGGCGAUCGAAAGAUCAAAGUCGCGACCUGAGGGCACCGAACCGAGCGCCCUAGAGCGACUGCUGGCGCGCGACCCCAACCCCACCAGGGGGGUCAUCAUGGCCCUGGACAUGCUCAUGGCCGGAAUAGACACCACGUCGCACUCUUUGACGAACGUGAUGUUGCAUCUGUCUGAAAAUCAGGACAAGCAGGAAAAGCUGCAUCAGGAGUUGCAGAGGAUCUCGCCUGACCCCUACCAACCCAUCACCAACGAAAUGCUUAACGAGAUGAAGUACCUCAAGGCCUGCAUCAAGGAGAGCAUGAGAAUGAUGCCCGUCGUGACCAGCAACAUUCGAAUGACCACGUCCGAGAUCGUUUUGUCCAAUUACCGAGUUCCUGCUGGAGUUGAUGUAUUGAUGGCGACAGGCGCCAUGUCUCGAUUUAAAGAGCACUACAACGAGCCGGACAAGUUCUUACCUGAAAGGUGGAUCAGGGGCGGCGAGCAGGAGGAAAAGGCUAACCCGUUUGUGACCCUACCUUUUGGCCACGGCGCUCGGAAGUGCAUUGGCAUGCGGUUUGCUCAGCUCGAGUUGGAAAUUGCACUUGCCAAGAUGAUGCGGAGAUUUAGGUGGGAGUUCAAAUACGGCCCUAUGGAAUACAAAUCGACCUUGGUGCAUGCACCAGUCAAACCCCUCAAGUUUACCAUCUUUAAACGUUGAGUAUGUGGUUGUGAUUAAUUUUACCCAUUAUUUUUAAAAUGAACGGUAUUAUUAUUUUAAUAAAAAUCUCAAUCUAUGCGGAACAUUGUA